AUGACGCCGAAUGAAGUGAUGUCCGUUUUUCACAAACCGCACCAUCUUGUACCUGAAUACGAAGUAGUGCCCGUAUUGCAUCGCAAGUCGAAGGAUGAUAAAAUGAAAGAAGAUAUAAACGAACUCAAGAUAAAGGUCUUCAACGACGACGUCAAAUUGUAUUUGAAUCCCACGGAAGGAAUCCUCGCUAAUAAGAAUACACCUGUGUGGACUGUUUCAUCUAAUCCAGAAGCACGCGAAGGAUUGCAAUACAAGCAAGUACCCAAGGCUAUGGAUUCUGUAGAUAUUGUUCUUCAAGACGUACGCACUUCGAGUUCAGUUUUGCUAACUCCUACUCCGGACGGUCAAAUACAUUUGAACGGAGUGCUUAAUAAUACAUACGUCAUCAAAUCUCUGCCACGACGAAUCUUGGAUAGUGUUCUUUACGGAGGACGCAAACUUUUUGAGCCGCUUCAUAAGAAGAACGUGACGAACGACGAUGGCUUUGCUUACACGCAUCAUCAUGUAGUGUAUAAGAUGCCUUCAUCAGACCAAUACAAAGAUUUUAAAAUUACAGAUCCUGAGGACCAGAAAGAGAAACGCAAUGUCCCGGACAUCAUUUAUCCAGAAUUUUUAGUAGUAGCCGACUACAGUAUAUAUCAAUUAGUUGGCGGAAAUGUCGAGCAGGCCAUAAGAUACCUUGUCUCAUUUUGGAACGGAGUCGAUUUGAGAUAUCGUUUGCUAACUACGCCGAAAAUUCGAUUUAAUAUUGCAGGAAUAAUCAUAAGCGUUGACAAAGAUGCAACUCCGUAUUUAGAAAACAAUCGCUUCGAAGUUUCAUCCCUAGAUGCAGAUCGUGCUCUACGUAGCAUGGCAGAUUAUUUCUAUCGCGAGAAUAGAUUCCCACCAGAUUUUUACGACUUAGCGAUUGCUAUGACAAAUCUAGAUAUGUGCAAUAUGCUUACCGAUGACUUUUGCGACCCAUCGACUUUGGGUUACGCGUACGUAGCUGGUGCAUGCGACAGAAACGCAACGAAACAAUCAUCCGAAGCCGUAGGAAUCAUUGAAGAUAACGGUGGAUUUUCCGGUAUCAUGGUAACGGCUCAUGAAGUCGGUCAUCUAAUAGGGGCACGUCAUGACGGCAAUCCAAAAGGCGCCGGAGAUUGUCAUGCUCAUGAUGGUUUCAUCAUGACCAGCGGACUAAUGUUACAAGAGAAUGGCUUCGAAUGGUCCCCGUGUAGUAUAGACGCCUUCUAUAAUUUCAUCAACGAGGAUAGAGCGAAAUGCCUUUACAACGAGCCCGUGAUGGGUGAACCUGUAACACGUAUUUUGCCCGGGACUUUGCUGUCCCUCGAUGAUCAAUGUAACAAAGUCUUCGGAACAGCGGCGUGUAAUAAAGACGCCACAGCCUGUACUCGCUUGGACUGUGAAUAUCCUGGAAUUCAGGGCUACUGUAGAGCGACCGCGCCAGCAGCGGAAGGUUCUUCUUGUGGGGACGGUUUGAUCUGUCUGAAUGGCAAAUGUGUGCUGGAAGGAAUACUAACUAAAGAAAAGGAUAAAGGAAAGAAGAAAUUACUUGAAAAAUUCCUACCGAAAUUCAAUUUUCAAUCAAUUAGAAAGAUUCCAUGGAUGAAUUUAUUAAAAUCACUAAGAGACAAAAUAAAGAAAAGAUUCUUCACAGAAAAAUAA